GAGGAUUCCAUGGAUCGUGCUGGUGGGGAUACGGAGAUGAAGAAUGAAGAUGAAGAGGAGAGUAUUGACAAGCAGAAUGAGAUGAGUGAAUUGAGAUUAACGAAUGAACAGGUUGGGGUUGAAGAAAACGUUGAGGGUCUGGCUCUGGAGAUUGAAGUAGAGAAGCAAGAGAAGGAUGAAAAGAUGAAUGAGAUUGAGGAUGAGAAGAAGAAUGAGAAGAUUGAAAUUCAAGUUGAAGAUGUAACUGAUCAGGCCAAACCAAACAAAAGGGAGAGGGAAGAUGAAGAUGAAGAGAAGAAUGAGGGAAGUGGGGAGGGAUUAGGAAAUGGAGACAAGGAAGAGAAAGGUGAGGAGAUGGUUGAAGAAAAGGUUGUCGAGGAGAAAGGUGGAGAAAAGGUGGAAGAAGAAGUUGGAGAGAAUGGUGGAGGAAAAGUAGAGAAUGAGAAAGAUGAAGAAAAGGAACAACAUGAAGAGAAUGAGAAGGAAAAGGAGAAAGAAAAAGAUGAAGAACAGGAGAAGGAAAAGGAAAAGGAAAAGGAGCAUGAAGUUGAAAAAGAUAGUGGAGAUGAUGGGAUCAGAAGAAGUAAGAGAACAAAAAGGUAAAACUGAAACCUUUGAGAAAAUUUUCUAACAAGAUAAGUAGAAGGUUGAUUUGAGACAAGAAUUAGAAUAGAUUGUAAGUAAAUGUAAUCUUUUUGGGAUUUGGUUGUUUUUUUACUUCUUGAUUUAAUGAUAAUUGAAAUUUGGAUGAU